AUGAGAAAUGAAACGUCUCUGCCUCAAUUUAUUCUGCUUGGCCUGUCUGACCUUGGAUAUUCCCAGAUCCCUCUAUCACUGCUAAUUCUUCUUGUCUAUGUGGCCACACUGGUCGGGAAUCUUCUCAUCAUUUCACUGGUGGUCACAGACUCCCACCUGCGGACCCCCAUGUACUUUCUCCUGGGGAACCUCUCAGUGUUAGACAUUCUCACCCCCUCUGUGUCCGCAUCUCAUUUGUCCUUUGACAUCUUUACUGGAAACACAAUCAUUUCAUACUCAACGUGUAUAACCCAAGUCUUCUUCUUCAUAUGGCUUGUCUGUACCGAGGUUUUCCUUCUAGCGGUUAUGUCCUACGAUCGAUAUGUUGCCAUCUGUCACCCUCUUCAUUACACAACCAUGGUAAACAUUUUCUUGUGUGUUCAGAUGAUGUCCGGCAUUUGUAUCUUCAGCUCUAUGUAUUCUUUGGUGCACACACUUUCUUUAUUAAGACUGGUCUUCUGUGACUCCACAAUCAUCCCGGGCUUCUUCUGUGAACUCUAUCAGCUAAUCCAGCUGUCAUGUUCUGACACAUCCCUCAACAUCUUACUACUGUCUCUUCUAGGAGUUGGCUUUCCAUUCAUUGCAUUUUCUAUCACCUUCUUUUCAUAUGUUUUUAUUUUUAAAACCAUCUUGAGAAUUAAAAUGCUGGAGGGGAAAUUGAAAGCUUUCUCCACCUGCAGUUCCCACCUCACCGUGGUCUUCAUAUUUUACAGUGCUUCAUAUUUUAACUAUUUCCACCCCAAAACGAAGGGGUUUCUCGUUGAUAGACUUCUUUCGACAAUCUACACAAUUGUUACCCCUUUCCUAAAUCCCGUUAUUUACAGCUUGAGAAACAGUGACUUGAAAGGGGCCAUCCAUAGAGCUCUAGUCAGGGUUGGCUUUAGGUCUUAA